AUGCUGAGCGAAGGUGAUGAAGACGAUAUUGAACCAGAAAAUGAUGACAAUUGUAAUAUAAAACCAAGGUCUCCAAGACGCACAAGAUGUCUAUUGAGCAGUGAUAGUGAAUCUUCUCGUGAACCAGAAAAUGAUGACAAUUGUAAUAUAAAACCGAGGUUUCGAACACGCACAAGACGUCUAUCGAUCAGUGAUAGUGAAUCUUCUCGUGAACCAGAAAAUGAUGACAAUUGUAAUAUAAAACCAAGGUUUCGAAGACGCACAAGACGUCUAUGGAGCAGUGAUAGUGAAUCUUCUCGUGAACCAGAGAAUGAUGACAAUUGUAAUAUAAAACCAAGGUCUCGAAGACGCACAAGACGUCUACUUAGCAGUGAUAGUGAAUCUUCUCGUGAACCAGAAAAUGAAGACAAUUAUAAUAUAAAACCAAGGUUUCGAAGACGCACAAGACGUCUAUCGAUCAGUGAUAGUGAAUCUUCUCGUGAACCAGAAAAUGAUGACAAUUGUAAUAUAAAACCAAGGUUUCGAAGACGCACAAGACGUCUACCGAGCAGUGAUAGUGAAUCUUCUCGUGAACCAGAAAAUGAUGACAAUUGCAAUAUAAAACCAAGGUUUCGAAGACGCACAAGACGUCUAUCGAUCAGUGAUAGUGAAUCUUCUCGUGAACCAGAAAAUGAUGACAAUUGUAAUAUAAAACCAAGGUUUCGAAGACGCACAAGACGUCUACCGAGCAGUGAUAGUGAAUCUUCUCGUGAACCAGAAAAUGAUGACAAUUGCAAUAUAAAACCAAGGUUUCGAAGACGCACAAGACGUCUACCGAGCAGUGAUAGUGAAUCUUCUCGUGAACCAGAAAAUGAUGACAACUGUAAUAUAAAACCAAGGUUUCGAAGACGCACAAGACGUCUACCGAGCAGUGAUAGUGAAUCUUCUCGUGAACCAGAAAAUGAUGACAAUUGUAAUAUAAAACCAAGGUUUCGAAGACGCACAAGACGUCUACCGAGCAGUGAUGAAGACAAUAUUGAACCAGAAAAUGAUGACAAUUGUAAUAUAAUAUCAAGGUUUCGAAGAUGCACAAGACGUCUAUCGAGCAGUGAUAGUGAAUCUUCUAGUGAACCAGAAAAUGAUGACAAUUGUAAUUGA